AUGCUUGCUCACGAGCUGGCUCAAGACGCUCUGGACGUUCAAGUCAACAAAGGCACAGCCUGGCGGUGCCCAGGUGCCGCCAUAUUGGCCGUACACGAUGCCGAGUAUAGGGCCCGUCCUGUCGACCCUGUCGUUUGCCGUGUGCAGGAAUCCCGUACGCUGGGUGUUGUCCUCGAGGUAAACAUGUGUCUCACCCGGGGCCCCGAGAUGACAAAGGCCGUGUUCAAGAACUCCUGGACUUGCACAAUGGCCGCACUACACAAGUUUGUGCUCGGAAAUGUCUUUGGAAUGUCCGCGGAAGCACUCCAGCUCUACGACUUGGACAGGUCCGGCUAUCGACACAAGCCCAUGGCAGGGGCUGCCGCUGUCGAGCCUCGCAACCGCAUCGACUAUCUCACGUACGGGCCCAUCACCAAGUUCCUCUCGGGCGCCGGCAUGAGAGCGUUCUGGAGGCGGUACGAGGCCAACUUUGCCCAGAUGCUCCGGGACCUCCCCGUCGGCGUUGAGUGGACCGACAUGUCUGACCUGACCCGGCUAUUCGAGCGUCAUGUCUCGGCCGCCAACACGAAUGCCCUCUGCGGCCCCUAUUUGCUGCAGCGCCAUCCGGACUUCCUGAAUGACCUAUGGCAGCUGGAUUACCAUCUGGAUUGUUUCUUCCGGGGCACCCCGCGCAUGCUCGCACCCCGAGUGUACGCCCGACGGGACCGCGUCCUGGCCUGCAUCAAGGACUGGCGAAGCCACGCGAAGCUCAACUUCACAGACGCUGCCGUGGACCAAGAUGGCGAUGACGCAUUCUGGGGAAGCAGCGUGUUUCGAGAACGCGACAGAAUCUUCUCCGAGAUGGAUCAAAUGGAUCCUGAUGCCAUGGCCUCCGAAGACUUCGGGGUGAUUUGGGCGUCUACUCGUAACUCCGUCGUCGCGAGCCUUUGGACGGUGCUAGAAAUCAUCAGCGACAAGCGACUACUGGACAGAGUAAGGCGAGAGGCGGCCAAGUGUCGGGGCCCGUCGCCGUCAGGAUUCGACAUUGCCUUGCUCCUGGAGAACCCCCUACUCCAGUCCAUAUACGCCGAGGUCCUCCGCCUGCGCGUCCACAUGUUCAUCAUCAGGGUUCCCGUCUUUGACAGUCUACGCAUCAAAGACUGGAUGGUGCCGCGCGGAAACCUCGUCGUCAUGAGCACGACCGUCGCCCACAUGGACCCUGCCGUCUGGAACACGGGCGAAAACGGCCAGCAUGCCCUCGAUGCGUUUUGGGCAGAUAGGUUCCUCAAGUACGACGGCGUUCCGGGCAGCGGACCGAGGAAGACGGCCAGCAAGCAUGCCGGCGACCCGUGUCCUGCACGAGGCCCGGGCGAACGACCGACGGCCUGCCCGGCAUCGACAGGCGACGCCUCGUACGGGAUCAGAGACGUGGAUGGGGCCUGGAUCCCCUAUGGCGGCGGACAGAGACAAUGUCCCGGCCGGCACUUUGCCAAGCGUGACAUCAUCUUCACGGCCGCCGUCUUGGUGACUUACUUUGACAUUGAACCGCUCGUCGACGUUCGCUCGUUGAAAAUGGACAUGCGUGGCUUUGGAUUGGGAACAAUGGCUGUCAAGGGCGCCAUACCGUACAGAAUCAGGAGAAGACGGGCGUUUGCUUGA